AUGAGACGCAUCAAGAUUGAACCUCUAGUGCGAAAAAAGGACAAACCCGAGCGGAAACGUCAUUUUGGGAAAGGUGCGAAAGUAAGUGGGAGUUCCGCUAGAACGCCUCGACUGAUUGAAUUCAGCAAAUUCCAGAAGAUUCCAGAAGAUUCCAGAGGCCGUCAGUGGCGUGAUCAGAAGCAGGAAUCAUUAUCAUUGUUUGGAAUUCAUUUUCAGAGGAAGGCAGUUGAGGUGGAGAGUGAACCCCGCUUCACCAGUCGACCCCUCAAGCCCGAUACUGUGCCGUCCUCAAGGUCAUCCUUCGAGAGGUCCUCCUUCACUAUCUCCUCCCUAGUGGGCAGGAGUCUGUCGCCCUGGGCCAACCACGUUGACAGCCACGACGCCCAGGAGAAGACUAAGGAAGAGGAGGAGGACGACGACGAGGAACAUAUCGAAGUAGUAGACAGCGUGGAGGAGGCGCCCCUCAAUGACUCCCAGGACACGACGGGUGAACAGAGCAAAGACGACGGGGACAAGUCUCCCGUGCCCCGCCAUCUGUCGCCACCCCCAGCGCGAGACGACAGUCCCGUCGUGUCGACGAGUCUCUACGACAAAAUGUCGCCCGGGAUCACCAGAGUCCCCAUGCCGGAGUUCAGCAUGGCCCUGAACCUGUCCUCCAAGCCAGACGAAGGGACAACAUUUAGUUUACGUGAACCUCUAGUUACCAGCAAGAUUAGUGAAGCGGGCAGUUUAGUCCCUUCAUUGUCCCCUCGUGAGGCGCACAGUUUCCCCAUCUCCCGGCCAUUUCUCCCCUCCCUGCCCCUUCACGCCCGUGAAUCUCUUCUUGAUCUGCCGCGGCCGCCCAGCCUGCCCCUAGGGCUCUACCCGCCGCCGCCUCUCGUGCUCUUCAAGAAGGACGGCGAGGCGUCUUCCUCGUCGAGUCUGGACGCCAACCGUAACAGCCUGGUGUCGUACCCGUCGUCCCUCAGCUAUUCCUUCCCCUGGAGCAUGGCGGCGUCCGACAGCCUCUUCCCAUGGUCUCUCCCAGGUCACGGCUCCCUGCCCCUGGACGGCUCCCUGGUGAAGCCUCUGCCUCUGGGCGACGUGUACUCGUGCAUCAAGUGUGAGAAAAUGUUCAGUACGCCCCACGGCCUCGAGGUACAUUCACGACGCUCACACAACGGCAAGAGACCCUUCGCCUGCGAGUACUGCAACAAGACCUUCGGCCACGAGAUCAGCCUCACCCAGCACAGAGCGGUGCACAACGCGGAGAAGGUGUUCGAGUGUAAGCAGUGUGGCAAGUGCUUCAAGAGGUCCUCCACACUCUCCACACACCUGCUCAUCCACUCAGACACCCGCCCCUACCCCUGUCAGUACUGUGGCAAGCGUUUCCACCAGAAGUCCGACAUGAAGAAGCAUACUUAUAUACACACUGGUGAGUACCCUUGUCCACACAUUAUGAUCCAGCCUCUGAUCCCCUCGCCGCACCCUCGGGGUCUUUAUGCCUCCUCCGCCGCCGCCUCCGCCAACACCGACUCCGCUACUCAGCAGAGUCUGGAACACCGGAAGGAACAUUUCUGGAACGUGGAGGGACUGGGUCUGGAACACCAGAAGGAAUACCCCUGGAACGAGAAUCUCUGGAACGUGGAGGAAGAAGACCAGGAAAAUAGUGCUUGUGAAACGUGGAGGUUUAUUCCUUCUCCCUCCUCCUCACCAAGGUCUGGAAAACUGGAAGGAGCAUCCCUGGAACGUGAAGGGACAAGGUCUGGAACAUUGGGAAGGAGCAUCCCUGGAACGCAGAAGGACAAGGCCCGGAAAAUAGUGCUUAACGGUCUUGGAAGAAUCUCUGUAAUAUUUAAUGGGUGGUGCCAGACCGGUGCUCUUACAGGACCUCUGGAAGAUUUAAGGAGGUUGGUGACUGCUACUAGAUCUUACUAG